AUGUCAGCCAUAUACAAAGCCUUGCAGCUGAAACUGACCAAGGAGUCUUCGGAGCAGACCAAGCAUAUCAACCGUCAGCGUGUGCUUGUCAUCUCCUCGCGUGGUGUCACUUACAGACACAGACAUUUGAUCCAGGACUUGACCUUCUUGAUGCCUCACGCCAGAAAAGAGCCAAAGUUCGACUCCAAGAAGAACUUGCACCAGCUUAACGAAGUUGCCGAGCUCUACAACUGUAACAACAUUUUCUUCUUUGAGGCCAGAAAACACCAGGACCUCUACUUGUGGAUCCUGAAGCCUCCUAACGGGCCCACCAUGAAGUUCUUCAUCCAGAACAUGCACACGUUGGACGAGUUGAACUUCACUGGUAACUGCUUGAAGGGCUCCAGACCAAUCUUGAGUUUUGACAAAUCGUUCAGCUCGCUGCCCCACUACGACUUGAUCAAGGAAAUGUUCAUCCACACAUUCGGUGUGCCUCCCAAAGCCCGUAAGUCCAAGCCAUUCGUGGACCACGUUAUGACCUUUUCCAUUGUCGACAAUAAGAUCUGGGUGAGAAACUACCAGAUCAGUGAAACCGAGGAGCUCAAGGAGAGCGACAUUGCCAGGGGUGAGGUGGAUGCCGAUUCGCUUUCUUUGGUUGAGAUUGGUCCACGUUUUGUGAUGACCCUCAUCACCAUUUUGGAGGGCUCUUUUGGUGGCCCCAAGAUCUACGAGAAUAAGCAGUAUGUGUCUCCUAACGCUGUGAGAGCUCAAUUGAAGCAGCAAGCCGCUGAGCAGGCCAGAUCGAGGGCUACUGCCGCUUUAGACAGAAAGGUCAAGCGCAGAGAGAUGGCCUUGAAGGCUGAUCCUUUGUCCAACGAGUCUCUUUUCAAGUGA